CUACAUGUAGUACUUUGAGCAUUCAUGUCAACAGCGGAGUAUGUUUAGAUUUUUUAAAUAUAAACGAUAUAAGCUGCUAAAUUUGCAUUUAUAAACAUUGUUGUUAGCCUAACGUGCAUUAUAUAUAGUUUUCUCUCCACGGGACGUUUGUUAAGAAGAGAAGUUUUAUCAGGUGUAUAGUUUUCUGGAUGUUAGACCGUUAACCACCUUGUUUAUAUACAUUUCGCUCUAGUCUAUAUUCGCCACAGUGCAAAUAACAGUUUUACAGGAUAGAGAGAAAGUGAAAGAGGAAUAUUUUGGAAUAUACGAUCGGAUAGAUAAUGUACUGAAGACAUUGUUCAAGAUUGCUUAUUUCUCCAACAUGGGAGAUCCCUUAAAACAGGUUAAGGGGCUGUUCUUCCUUCUGUUAUACAGUGUUACGUCUGUCGAUGGUGAAAUACGGUGCUAUUGCAACGAAUCCGGUUGUGUAACUACGGGUUAUAUGUGUAAAUCUCAACUGGGCAUGUGCUACUCGCAUGUGAAAUACAAGGACUCUAGCAUGGACCCCAGCACAUCAACAAUAGUUUCAGGAUGCGCCGACACAUUGCAAGAGGAACCAAGAAUCCGCACAUGCGCAGUCAGUGGAGUUGGAAAUAAAAUGACCCAAACAAAUGUAAAUGCCACAACGGUUGUCAAAGAAUCCAACGAUGUAGAAAUUAAAGAAACCGUAGUAGUAGAACCAGCAAAAGCAGACAUUAAUGAAAUCAACAACAAUGUAGACCCUACAAAACAAGAAUUAAUAUGUUGCACAUUGGAUAUGUGUAACUAUAGAGACAGUUACGAACUUAGUGUUAUUAUUGAACAAGCGCCGGACAGAAGAGGAAGUACUGAUGGAAUCUCAUCCAAGAGAACGCAUGAAACACCUAAACCUCAGAAAGACCUGUGGUUCAAGGCCGCUGUGAUAGCAGUUCCGAUUGCUGGAGGUUUCAUACUCAUCCUUCUCGUUUUGCUCGCUGUGCGCAUGCUCAGAACUGAUUCUCGUCAACACAAGAGACUUAUUCAAAUUCGUCGCGAAAGGAGCUUAACAAAAGCUCAGUUAUAUGUCACAGACCAUUUUAUUGACAAAGAUAAAAGUUUAGUCACAAAUGACAAUCAAAUUUAUAGUAAAAAUCAUAGUCACGCGCAGUGUCAUAGUCAAAGUUCCAAACGUGAUCAUAAUCAUUCCCAUAGACAUUCAAACUGUCAUCAUCACCAUCAUAAACAAUGCCACCCAAAAGUGACUACUGACCGGGAAGGUCAUACUUACGAACAAAUAGUUUCACAAAACAGUGACACGAAUAGUAACGCAUGUGAUCAUAAGUGUAGUAGUACUCGGACAUCACCAUAUCCGUCUGUGAUUGUGUGGGGAAAGUCAAAUGAAACGGAUUCUGCAGAUGUUGUUUAGCAUUGAUUCAAAUGUUGAAUGGUUUUAUAGGGUAAAGUACUGUUUCUACGAUGUGAUUUUCAAAAUAUUGCUAAACCGGAUGUCAUCCGGUGUUGAAGGAGAGUAUGGAGGACAGAAAUCGUCAGAUAAAAACAUGUGAUCAUUUUGAGAAGAUGAGACACGUGCUGUGACUUUUUUGUAAUUUAUGUGAAUCUUGUCAAUUCAAAAGUUUGCUCAUUAUUGUUCAUCAUUAUAAACAGUGGAUAAUAGGUCCACUCUAAAUGUAAAUAUUACAGAAAUCGCCAAUUUUCUGAGUCAGUUGCUGUAAAGGUCGUAUUGCGCAUGCGUGAGUCAUAGUCUUUUGGGCGCACAAUUAUUUAUUUACAGUUAUACACUGUUAAAAUUCUCAAAAAUUUCAAGCUAUUAAAGCACCAUUCGCAUGAAUAAAAUACUUAAAAUAUAAUAUUUUGUUCUAAGAAAAAUGAUUAUAAAUGAGAUCAUUACAUGAUCGUGCUGACCAUUUAGUGAAUUUAUAUUCAUCUGAAUUGUUUUUAUUUGGAUGGUAACAAUAAGCACAUAUAUAUGUGGCCUUAUUCUCUAACUACUGAAUCCAAAAAGUUCACCAAUAUUGGAACAAGUUAAAUAUCAAAUACUUGAUUGCAAAAUGCUAUAAUAAGGUUUGCACUUUCUGUAAAUUGUGAUUAAAUGUUAGUUCCGCAUGCGCCUUUCUGGCAUUAAUAGUUCAAAGUGCCUUUAAUUUCUGCGGCAAUAAAUUAUUUAUUAUUACCGUUAUUAUGAUUACGAUAGGGCCAUGUAUAAUAUGCUUUGAACACAGAUAUUCAGUAAACAGUCAUGAAAUAAUUACGUGGAAUGCACUUGAUUACGCAUGUACAUGUAAAUUAAACAAAAAAUCAGUUAAACAAUGCCAAACUUACUUUAACUAUACAGUAGUUGGAUUUUUUGACAUUAAAAUAAUGCAACCAUUUCCCGUUUAUUGUUAAUCAAGGGCUGAGGGCGAAACUAUUGUAACUGUAUAUUAACAAGGAAAAAGAUACAAGAGUUUCGCACUCAGCCCUCGAAAUAUGGUUUAAAAAGUUUUCAACGUAAUUUUUUCAUGACAGAGAAUGAUUUGUACAUGUUUUCAUUGUAAAUGAACGAAAAAGGUUUUCAAAAUCAAAAGAAAAUUUCAAAAUAUGUCUGUGGUAAAGAUGUGUGUUUUAUAAUAUAUAUUUUAAAUAUUUAUUUCUAUGAAAAUAAAAUGGAAAAAAUGUUAUUGAAAAGAA